CGUGAGGAUGCAGGAGCUGCGGGUCGGCCGCAUUUUCUCAUGCGCAACCAACGCCCAGCAGUGCAUUGAUGUCGUUUCUCGAAAUGAGAUGUACUUUGCUGUCUUGCCGCUUGUGCAUCCACGAGCUCGCCGUGAGUUCAGCGGGAGGACGGAGAGGUCAGAGCCUUUCACGCGUUCAGACCUCACGUUGCCCUCCAACAUCUGGAGCAGCAAUGUCAUCGGCUCGCUCUCGCCAUGGCUCAACUUCGAUUCUCCCUGCCACAAGGUUCGCAUGGACUCUGAGCAGGCACUCAAGCAGGAGAUGGCAUGGGCGCAUCACAUCUCGUGCCCUGCCGUCAUCGCCCCCCCCCCCGGUCGAUCCUGCAACAACUAUGCUCGCUGCCUCUACUCUCAGAUCGCUGCCUCCGGAGGCACGAGCAUCUAUGUGCACAUGCCGCUGACGUGGAAGGAUGACCCGGACAGCGACAAGGAUCCCUGGGAAACGUGGAACAGCGUGAGGAUGCUGUGCGAGCAUCAUUUCUGCUUGUUCGUAGCGCUGGAAGUUACAUCUGACCUCCCGACCGACGAGACUCUCACCCAGUGGCUCUGCGAGCCCGUCAAGCUGCUCAUCCUACCCACGUCCAUCUUCCUCACCAACACCUCUGGUUUUCCCGUUCUCUCCAAGCGGCAUCAAAACUUCUUGCGCUCCUUCUUCUGGUACAACGUGGAGGUGGCAGUGUCAGGUAGGCCGCGCCACGAAGGAGGGCUUCUCGUGUACUCCCAGUACCUUCAGCACCUCUUCUCCUCGCGUACUCCUCUCUCGGACUCCGAACGCUUCGAGCAGCCUUACUGGGACUUCCUCCAGAUUCCUCUGCAGCCGCUGGCCGACAACCUCGAGUCGCAGACGUACGAAGUGUUCGAGAAGGACCCCGUCAAAUACGUCAAUUACGAGCAGGCUGUGUACCUGGCGCUGAUUGAUUUGCAAGCAAAUUUUGGAUUUCGACAGGAUCCGUUCAUCGUAAUGGUGGUUGGGGCAGGACGGGGACCUCUCGUGCGAGCUUCUUUGAGGGCGUCGGAGCGAGCAAAUAUCGCCAUCUUUGUCUAUGCGCUGGACAAGAACCCCAACGCCGUCGUCACACUCAGGAACAUGCGAGUAACGGAGAACUGGGCGGAUCGAGUGGAAGUGGUGCAGUCGGACAUGCGAGACUUCUCGCCUCCCGUCAAGGCUGAUAUCCUAGUCAGCGAGCUCCUGGGAUCCUUUGGAGAUAACGAGCUCUCUCCCGAGUGUCUGGAUGGAGCUCAGCGUUUUCUCCGUCCGGACACAGGGAUCAGCAUCCCUGUCUCGUAUACGUCUUGGAUCGCUCCCAUCAGCUCCAGCAAGCUGCACCAGGAGGUGAAGGCGUACAACGACGUGAAGCACUUCGAGACCACCUACGUCGUCAAGAUGCACACGCAUAAAGUCCUCAGCGACGCGCAGGAGUGUUGGACUUUCAGCCACCCCAACCGGGAAGUUCCAAUCGACAACUCAAGGCAGAGCAGACACAGGUUCCAAGUCAAGCGGAGCUCCUGCUUGCAUGGGUUUGCGGGCUACUUCGACGCGCUACUGUAUGCUGAUGUCCACAUAUCCAUCUACCCCGAGACGUUCUCGACUGGCAUGUUCAGUUGGUUUCCGCUCUUCUUCCCCAUUCGAACGCCCAUGUUUGUGGGCAAAGGGGAGGAGAUCGAGCUUCAACUGUCGAGGUGCGUGGGGGACAAGAAGGUCUGGUAUGAGUGGGCGGUGGUGGCCCCGUCGGUGGGCCCUGUAAAUAACGUCAACGGGAGAUCCUUCAGCAUCGGUCUGUAGGCUCUUUGUAACAUGUCCAACAAGUUUGUACCCGGAGGAGGGGAUGUAAGUAAAGAGAGAUAGCGAC